AGUUUCCGUCUGUCCGAAGUGGAUGGGGGUGAAAAUGUUCGGAGUGUUGCUGGCAUGUGUCUGGCUGGUUGCCGGCUCCCCGUUACAUCCCUGGCCGCUAAUACCGCACAAAGCGAUCACGCAUGGGUCCUACAUCAGGCAUUACACAGCUGCUUGGUACGACACCGUGGCACUGAGAGAACAUCGUACCAGAAGUCGUCGUGACACUUCGGCUUCCGGGCAUCCGGGGGACGCGACGCUGAAUCUACGCCUUCACGCUCUCGACAGGAUCUUCAAGAUGAGACUCACAAGAGACACGAGUUUAUUCCACGAGAACGUCGUCUUCGAGGGAUCGAAUGGGCGGCAAAUUGCGUUCGAUCCGCUGCACGCUUACAGCGGAACGCUCGAGGACGAUGAGAAUUCGUCGGUUCACGGGAUCGUGACGGAGGAGGGCCUCUUCGACGGAACGAUCUUCACCGCGUCCGACGAGAUCUACAUCGAACCUGCCAGCAGAUACGCUCCGUUGGUGUGCCAUCGCCAGGAUGGCGAGCGUAACGACGCCACUGACACCGAGCACCACCACACGAUCGCCUAUCGUUCGGUGGACGUGAGCGUUCCUCGUCCCGGUGGAUACCCGUGUGCCAGCGAACUCCUCCGGGAAAACAUGCUGGACGAACUUAGGACGAACAAGACGUGGAGUGGAUAUCUCGGGGACACAAUGCUGCCGGUUUAUCAAUCCCACAAUGAGGGGAACGCCCGCGCCAAGCCAGGUUUCUAUCCGAAGGACGCCAGAAAGAAAGACCCCACCGCCAGCUCGCACAACCUGGAGCUCCUCGACAGACUGUACAGGGCUAGGUAUUCGAGGGUCCUCCGAAAACGGACGUCCGUGGACCCGAAGAAAACGACUUGCAUGCUGUAUCUGCAAGCGGAUCACACGUUUUUCAAUCACUACAAGUCGGAGGAGGCCUGCAUAGAAGUGAUGACCCGCCACGUGCAGCGUGUCAACUCCAUUUACAGGUACACAGAUUUCAAUCAAGACGGCCAGCCGGACAACAUCAGCUUCAUGAUAAAACGCGUCAAAGUCCACAGUGAAGAUUCUCUGAACGACCCAAGCUAUAGGUUCACCGGUGAUUAUGGGGUCGAGGAAUUCCUCGAACUGUUCUCUGAGGAAGACUACGACGCGUUCUGUCUGUCAUACAUGUUCACGUAUCGCGAUUUUGAGAAAGGCACCUUGGGAUUGGCGUGGACAGGGGACUUGAAAAAUGCGGGUGGAGUCUGCGAGAAAAAUGGGCACUACAGGGGAAGCAUGAAAUCGCUGAACACCGGUAUAAUCACCCUCCUGAACUACGACAAGCACGUACCACCGACGGUUUCUCACGUCACCCUAGCACACGAGAUCGGUCACAACUUCGGAUCCCCUCACGACCCGGACGAAUGUUCACCCGGAGGAGAGGACGGAAAUUUCAUAAUGUUUGCCAGAGCCACCAGCGGGGACAAACGAAACAACAAUCGCUUCAGCCCGUGCAGCUUGGUCUCCAUAAAUCCCGUUCUAAAUGCCAAGGCCCGCUCGACCAAAGGCUGCUUCGCCGAACCCCAGACUGCCAUCUGCGGUAACGGGGUGGUGGAAGAUGGCGAAGAGUGUGAUUGCGGGUGGGAAGAGGACUGCAACGACCCUUGUUGCCACCCUCAACGACUCCAUCAUGCCCCUCGUGAGAUACCUUGUCGUCUUGCCGAUGGUGCAGUGUGCAGUCCCAGUCAGGGUCCUUGCUGCACAUCCGGCUGCACUCUGCGCAACGGCGAUAAGUGCAGGCACGACAACGGAUGCAGAGAUGCGAGCUUUUGCAACGGCCGCGGUCCCCAGUGUCCGCCAUCCAUCAACAAACCUAACAAGACCAUAUGCAACAAGGAAUUCGUCUGCUAUAUGGGGGAAUGCACCGGCAGCAUUUGCCUGGCUUAUGGCUUGGAAUCCUGUCAGUGCAUCGCCGGGCCCGAGGAUCCCCCGACCAAGAGCUGCGAACUGUGUUGUAAAUUGCCAGGAGAGGAUCAACCGUGCCUAUCAUCCUUCGCUUGGAAUUCAGCGCCUUACGAUAUUCCUGACAUGCUGUCGAAGCCAGGCACGCCGUGCAAUGAUUACAAUGGCUAUUGCGACGACUCGCAGAGAUGUCGAGAGGUGGAUCCCAGCGGACCAUUGGCAACUUUGAGGAGGUUGCUGCUGUCGGACGCCAGUUUAGCCAGCUUCCAGCGAUGGCUGGCCAAUUGCUGGUACGUCCUCGCCGUGGUUGGCUUCGUCCUAUUGUUAAUUCCGAUAUUAUUGAUCUGCCUCCUGCGCAGCCGACGCAACCGUCGCGUCAAGAUUCUGUCCACGUCGGGUGACCAGCCGAAAACAACCCUCCAACCCCCGAAACAGCGCCUAACCGCGCGAAAGAUACGAUCCAUGGACAUCUCUCGGCUGAAGAAGAGGAUCGUCGAGACGAUGAAGAGCAUCGCGUCCCCCCAACGGAAAAAAGAAGCCACCUCGCAGGGUAGCACGUUCCUUGGCGGGCUUGCUCACCUCCUGGGCAGAGACUCGGCUCGUCCAGGUGCAGAGGAACCGUCCACGAACGAGGUCGAGAAACUGUGCAAAGCCAGCACCGAGGGAACGAACGAGAACGUCCCCAGGCAAAACCUCGACGCGAGGAAAGAGACUGUCGGUUGGAGGCGGAUCUCUUUGCUGUUCCUCGGAGAUCGCGGUACAAGUUCCUCCCCCAACCGUAGAAAAUCGGAUAACGGCAAGUCGAUACGCGUCGCGGACUGGAGAAGGAGGGUGCAAGUUGGAAAACUGUGUAACACGUCGAAGACGAUGGUGAAUCCUCGCGCGUACAGCUACCAGACCGAACCUCUGGUGGUACCAGACACGCCCGAUACACCCGCUUAUGUGUCCGAAACGAGAACCCAGACAUCUGACUUGACAGGGUUGUUGACUGACAGUUAG